GGGAGGGCAAUUUUCUCUGACCGCCUUGCAGGUAAAUUUAGGUUUGAUGGUUUCAUACCUGAGGGCUCAGGAGAGAUAGCAGAUGGGGCUACGAGGUGGCUGCGUGGAUGGUGGUGACUUUGAAGAGGGUAAACAUACCUGACCGCCUGCGACGCCAGCAAAGCAGGAUAAGAUGGGCGAGGGUGGGGCUAACAACUCGGCGACGAUAGACGACCCGGUAAAAGAAGAAAUGUGACAAGCGACGAUUGGAGGGAAGAAAUGUGUAGCGCGCUGCUGACACAAACCUCAACCUGUCACCCUCCCAUUCUAUCCCUUAAAUUUUACACACAAAUUUUACUUAGGCCGAGCAGAGGUGAGCCUGUUAAUAAAAUAGGCAAACCCAAGGCCACGGCACUGGUCUUCGGUGCGUGUCGGGGACAGUGGUGCACACUGGGAAAUGUACGCCGGAGUCAGCAGCCAGCAUCUCGCCGACUCUUGUACUUCUGUAUAACGACCUGAUACUUGGCCAACCUGCCACAGACGUGGGGGACCACAGAUGAUAGCGAAACUGUGUUAAGGCGAUUUUAUAGUCAAGCAGAAACAGAAAUAUUACCUGCAAGAGAUCGGAUGCAGAUGAAGGUGCAUGCAUACCUACUCAGAUAAUCAGACAUAUGUGCACGUGCAGAAACUAAAAAAAAAAAAAAAAAAAAAAACAACGAAAUGAACGUAAACGAAGAUUAAUUAAAAAUUUUGUGGCCAUUGCAAUGGCGGUUGAAGAUAAUGUUGUUGUGUGUGUUAAAAUCGUGUAACUGUUGUUCAGUGGGGGAGGGUCACACAACGAUCAAUAGCUGAACAGCUUGAACGUGAGACUGUUUCAUGUGUGCGUCACACAGCCUCGUACUUAAACAACCUCUCAAGAAUUAUUGCCACCGAUCAGAGAGGACAGGUAACACUGGAAAAAUGAGAAAGCCAGAUCAACUGUCUCGGGGUCGGUUCUUGUCUCUGGGCUGAUGACGCAGCAGCUGCUAUGUAGGCCCCCACUUACUCCACCUUCUCCACUCCCAGGCCUCUUUGACCCCUGGGUGUGAGUGACAUAGAUGCAUGGUCCAAUGUGUACGACAGUACAGUAGAUAGCGGGUGUGUGCACGACUCCACUACCCUGUCCAUUACCAAGAUUGCUUCCGAGGGUGGAUAGCGCCGCGAAGGUGGUGUUCUAUGCUGAGUCGUCUGAGACAGUGUAAACAUCCGAAAAGAUCGAAGGUCAGCCCCCACAGCUGGGGAUGGGUGAAUAAGAAACUGUGUGCAUUUCACCUGUGUCGGUGUCAUCCAUGCAUGACCAGCCUGUCACCCGAAGCAAGUUUCCACCGAUGACAGAUACAAUUCACCUGGAGUUUAUCUGAUCACAAGAGAAGUCGGAAACUCUAAAAAUAGCUGGAACAGUUUCACUCGCAAACCGUUCAAGCCGCACGACGCGAGACAAUGACAUCCGGUAGAAGAGAGAAUUACGACAGGAGAGAGAAAAGUCGCGCCUUCUUCAACUGUCACAAUGACCGAGCGCAUUUAUUUAUAGUGUUUGCUUAAGUCUGUCGAGUGUAGAUUAAUAAAAACAACAAAGAUUUUUUUUUAAAUCCCAGAUUAAAAGGCCGCCUUUAGUUUACAAGAUUGUUAUGGUUAGGAGGUAGAGACCGUGAUGUGAUUACACCACGUUGGUUUCGCACGUGUGAGAGGGAAUUAACAAGCGAACACACCGCAAACACCUGCAGUUCACUUACACACGCACGUACGCAAACACACAAGACACGCUCCUAGGAUUAGGUACAGAGGGGCAUACCACACACAGCGGAGGUGGGAGGAGGGGUCGAAGAGCCCUCUCGUCGUUGAAGACCGGUGUGUGGUAAGAUUUAGGGAACUUGGGGACGGGAGGGCAGCGAACCUGCCGACAGGCAACGAUCGAGGACCCUAGGUGUGUCGUCGCAGCCAGCGCGCGGCAAGGGGCUGUCUGAAGGGGCCGCCAAUGGUGUUUGGCGCGACUGACUCCCCGAGCCCAGUGAGAAAGCAUACAGACUAAUGUGUGAGCCAGUGUGAGCGUAGUAUUAUACCAUAGCCGAGCGGCUACAGAGAAGAGGAAGAGAGUCUCCAGGGCACACGCACAUUCAAGGGGAAAACUAUCCGCGACUCUGCCCCUCGCUCUCUCCCUCGCUCGCUCCUCGUGUGUUGGACUGUCAACGCGGGUGGAGUUUUCGUUUGACACAAGGCAGCUUAGUACGGUGGAACGCGAAGGGACAACAAACACUGGCCGGUGUCGAGACAGAUAUAUUUGAUCACUCAACUUGCCCGUGUGUGUGUGUGUGGUGGAGAAGUAGGGGGGUUGAAGGAUGUCGAGAAAAUUUACGGCCGUCGUGGAAAACAUUUGAAGAAUAUGCAGCAUGUGAGGCCCAGCCGCCGGGUGUGGAUAGUACAGACACAGCUGUGAUCUUGGAGGCGCAAGCUCGGCAGGAAUUGUGACAGCUGUCUGGGAGGUUCGACUAUGUGUUGCGCACUGGCGCUGAGGUCCCACCCUGACCAGCACGGUGGAUUUCCAUUGUGGGUACUCAUCCUUCGUGCUCAGUAUGUGCGUCUUUCGCACGCACGUGUGCGCCACACCGAUUCGCAUGGAUUUAUGUCCAGUGGAUUUAUGUUGCUCGAGGGAUGUGAAAGCCGCCACUUAGGAGUUUGAUCGUCUCGCAGUCGUCGCGCAUUAUUGCGGACCAGGUUCUUCAGUUGAUGUCGAAAGGAUACCAAGUUGGGAAGCUGCUACUAUUCGUCGGAGUUUGACAAGCACACAUGCCAAAACAGACUUUCCUGGUAUGUCAAUCGGUUUCGACGCAAAAGACAGCUGCUCCCGGCGCCCAAAAGAUUUUACAGGUUUGAGAGAAGGUCGCAAGUACCGCCUUGCCUCAGCUGAUUGCGCACUCUCCGACAUGCAGCAGAAAGAAACCAGUCCGUCAGAACUUCUCGUGAGAGGAGUGCUGUGAGAGAAAGGAUCAUUACUGCUGUCAGAGGUCUCAUUAGUGGAGGGGGGUGGCUCUGCUUCUUGACAUUGUCAGCCACAUGGUGAAUGUUUCUGCGCGUGAACGGCGGGCACUUGUCGAACGGGAUCCAGAAGGCGACAGGCACAUCGAGGACCAGAGUACCUUGCCAGUUUCCUCGACCAUCUAGCCAGUGCGUGGCGUCGCUGAUGGCCGGCCCAUGCUAGGAUGCCAGGUCAGCCCGCCCUUAGUCGGCCCGGCGUGUGAGGGGAUGGCUGGCGAGCGCCUACACUGUGGUCAGCCAGCUGCACAUCCCUGGAGCCACCUUUCCUGUCCUCCUCGCCCCUCGUCCUGUGGUCUUUGUCGCCGCCGCCGUCGUCGUCACAUUGCUGUUGGCGUCGUCGCCGCCGGUCCCCCGGGAGGAGCUCGGACAUGACCCACGCCCCGGCCCGCCAUCCUUCCUCCCACUUCCGGCUGUCUCAGUGCCCCCGACACCCUCUCGCCAGCUCUGGUCACAUCGCUUACUCCCGCCACCACCCUCCCCACCAUCACCACACAUUCCCUUCUGUAGCGACUAGGACUGCGACCACUUGUCUUGUGACUACCACCUGCGCUGCCACUUCCCCCCUUCUUCCGUUGCGGAACCGCUGCAUCUAUCAGCUGACCCGUUUAUUGUGCAUCCUGUUGCUGCUGACCAUGGUGGGAGGCCGGUGCCUGGCUUCGUCGUGGAUUGAGGAGAAUGGCGAUUCAGUGAACCUGCGCGCGCAGUUCUGCAAACCCGUUUCCGAGGACCAUCUUCGGAGCAUGCUCGGAGAGGCCUUCGAUCCCAGCAGAAUGCUCACUGAAGACAUGGCCGCCGCCAAACGCACCGACCCCUCCAGGUUGGGUCACCUGACUGAUGACGUGGAGGACAGGUCAGCAGUAGAGCCCUAUUACCAAGAGGACGAUCCCAACUCCGAGCGCGAUCUUGACGAAAUCGUCGACAUUGACGCUGGUUGGCAGGAAGACAUCAAAGAUGAAGUGGUAGACAUUGAAGAGGAUGAAGAGAAAGAUUUAAGAAGUGAGGCCAGUUUAUUUAAAAAAGAACAUGAAAUUGAAUCUGCCUUGGCAGACUCCACGGACGUCGACCGCUUGAAACUCAACAAACAAGCAGAAGCUACUGCGGGGCAGUUGUCCUCCUUGCUGAGCUACAUGAAGCGCCGACGUCGGGCUUCCAGCGGCGACGAGCAAGUUCCGCCUGAAGCAACAGACGAUAUCCUGGGAAAGGUGAACAAGAAAAAUGACUCCUUACUACCGCUAAGGCUGUUCCUUAGCGGCAAAAAUAAAAAACUUAGACGAAAGCUGAAGAAAGUUUACAGAAAAAAGGCUAAGAAGCUAGCUGGUAAACCUCUUCCUUGGCAGUGCACACUUGAAGAGAAGUGGCUGCGGCUAAAGGAGGGCUACUUCCCGACUCUUCUUCAGGAGGGCAAAUGCACGACAGACAAAUGUUUCUACAGACUGUAUGAUUGUAAUCCUCAGCUGUAUCCUGUCAAAAUCCUCAAACGGGAUCCAGACUACUGCAACCCGCUGCCGUCGAUCAGCCUCAACACAACAUACGAACAAAAGUGGAAUAUUGUGCGCUACUUCGUCACCGUGGGCUGCACGUGUGGUAUCAAAGAUCAGAAGACUGGGCAGCCUCGACGGAGGAAGACGUAGUGAUCAGACGCGAGAGACCCAGGUGUGUUGUUUUGAAACAGAUUGCGGUGCAGUCACGUGUAAAGAAGGAGAGACUUCGAAAUACGUUUCUUUGGCAUUUACAGACUGGUUAUUGGACAGAACCGUUUGUGGGCUUUUCCCUUCCUUAAGGGGAAGUAACCUCAAGUCUGUUCGUAUUGACUAUCUUUAUAUUUUAUGAUUGUUGUAAUGUUAUUACAGUUGUCAUCUUUGGCUUCUCCAUAUUAAUCCCUCCUCCCCACUGCUGAAUUGUGUAACUGUCUUUCUCUCGCAAAAUGUUCACGUUGUUCGAGUAUUAGUAAAUGUGUCUCUUUUCUUUUUUAUCCAAAACAGAUGGAAAAGAAGGAAAGAGAAAAAACUGAAUAGGGAGAGAAAGAAACAAAGGGAGAAAUGGCAUAGAGACAUAAUCUUGAAAGACUGUGAUGACGAGGACAGGUUCUUUUAAAGAUAUCAUUUUUUUCCAAAUCUUUUUCCUUCAUAAUUGUUUGGGACAUUUCUGGUUCCGUUUUGUAAUCCUAAGGCAGUGAAUAGCUAAGAACUCGCGCUCAUUGUCGUUAGUAGUAGACGUCGUUGUAGAGGUGUAUUGCUGUAGCUGUCCAAAAAACAAAAAUCAAGGCUACUCUCAGGAUAUAAGUAGCUAUGACUAAUACCAUAGAUGAACAUGGUAAAAAAGCCGAUCUCUUUGUUCUCCUUGGUGUCAUUUCUCUGAUCACGAUCAACUGCCGGCUGAAACGCGAGAAGGGAGAGAAUUAUCAUCUCAUUAUAACCACCGAUUCACCAACCCUCCGCCUUUCACACCUUAUUAGUCAUCAGACAACAGCGGGAUCAUGCAGAGUAGCUCUAUCAGGAACCUGUUUACUGCAUCACGUGCAGAUACAACACUACAACAGUCACACCACUACAACCGCCGACGUUCGAUCCCUGUACUUAGAGACUGACAAAAACACCGGACAUGCUUCAUACAAGAUUUUAUUACUUUUCUGGCUGCAGUCGAGCAAAAAUCCCUCUUCGAUUACAGAAGUGAUCUGUCUCUUUCUGCGGUACUUCUUCCGAAGAUACAACGGUUCUGUACAUUGUCUAUUAUUCAUUACUUGUCAGAGUCCAUCGGAAAACAAAAGCUUUCCUCUGUGUGUGUGGACUGAAUGCAAUUAUAUAGGUGUCUGUUAAUUCUGCAAGUGCCGUCCCGUCAAAAUAAAAUAAUGUUUGAUAUUAAAAUGUACGACGAAACACGUAAUUGUAGGCUAACUUGGGCUUUUCAAAAGGCGAUAGAAAACAGUAUUGAAGAGAACAUGAGGAAUGUUAAAAUAAGUUUUGUCAGCCGAGAUGCAGUAGUUCCGGAUGCCAUCGUGCUCUUUGACCUCACAAUCCUGUGAAGGUGGCUACACCAGUCUGCCGAGCUCAAUGUGUGAACGAUGUAGCCUUUUCCACUACAGCUACAAGGCAAACGUUAGCAGAGACAACACUCAAGACCUGAGAAAGAGACCAGAAUUUCUAGGCCCCACAACCAUUAGCAGAUAUUUCAGAUUAUCGGCCAAGAACGCUUUAGUCUGAAAUACAAUAACUGAUAUUCCGCUUUCCAUUUAUGUGUUAAAUAAGGAAACGCUUUGUUUGCAUGGAGGUCUAACAGAUGCUUACGAGUAAAUAUGCUUAGCUAAGCCCUAAAGCAGACAAACCAACGCAAAAGCAAUGGUGUGGAGGACUGGGCACACCUUGGUACCGACUUAUGGGUGGCCGGAUGAAAGCCCUCGAUAGGUGACAUCCAACACUCGUCAGCGCUCGGCGGGCUUAAUGGCAUGCCUCGGCGCCGACGCACAAAUGUUACUGAUAACGGAGUCAAAACUUGAAGAAAUCCUGUUUUCAAGCAGAAUGGUGUAUGUGUGUGUGAGAUCAUUGUGUAUACAACGUUAGCCUGUAGUUCUGUACACAACGUGAAGGAUUGGAGUGUGUUCGAAUGAAACAUGUCAGAAUUUCUGACAUGACCACACAAACUGGCGUCAAACUCGUGUCCGUACCUUUCUGUCCCUUUAUUAAACUUUUUCAAGGUCGGAUCUGUUGCGGCUACGACCAUCUUGACUGCGAUGAUGCCGUGCAGUCCGGGUACAGGCUGUCAAAUCCAGCUUAACUACUUCAGAUUGCAUCUAAAAGGCUUGCAAACUGUCCAUGAGCCGUGCGAGUAUCUCUACAGAAAUCGGUUCCCUUUUGGCUCAGUUCCACGCUAGAACCGAUCGCUGCUUGUUUGCUUCGCCUGUUUGAACAUAGAGAGUACAUAAAGAAAGUAUAGAAGCAGCCGACGUAAAACAGAGAAGCAUUAGGAGCACAAGUGGCUGAAGGUUUGGUCUUUGUGUGAACCUUUUCUCCGCAAUCUUAUUUGCGAAGCUGACAGCAGACUCUUGACGGCUAUCUAUUUGUCGACCAACCCAAGGCACUUGGUAUUUCAGCUGUGUGUCUCUAAGUACAUGCCCCUCGCUUAGUUGUUGUCGUGUUCCCACAAGGCUUGACGGCCGUGAUUGAUGUCUUGAUUUUGAGAAAUAGACGUCUGGUUGUUGGGUUGUUUUCUUUUCUUUUUUUUUGGCUGAGACGAUUUUCAAUGAGAUCUACAGCAGUGAAAUGAUAUUAUAAAAUGCGUAAGGUUGACUCAUUUGCAAAGUGUACCUGCUGGUAUCGUGUGCAAAAGCACUGAGAACGAACAGAACUGCUAGUCGCCUCCAGCGAGGACUUCGUAGUAGACUUGAAAUGGUUGGACCAAUGAAACAUUGUCAGUACACGCAAACGGUGCCAGUAUGAUGCUAUUUAUUUUGAUGAUAGAAAUUUGUCGAGGGGCAAUUUGAGAAAAGGAAUAUGUUGUGUUUCUUGCUGAAUUAUUUAAAAUGUUUCUUUCCAAUGCAGAACGACUUCUUCUCUCUUAAAAAAAAAAAAAAAAGGACGCUGGCAAUAUGUGAGGGCGUAAUGCGUGGAUGGUUGUGCGCAUGCGUGUGAGUUAUACCUGUUGCAUCAGCUAAGCGAAAAAGCACAACUGUGUGAGGUGUUACUCUUUUCAUUUUGCAUUUAAAAGUUGGUUAUCGCAUGUUGCUGAAGCUGAUUGACAAUCUUUUCAAUAUAAGUUUCAGUAACUAUUCGUAAUGAAAUCUCAGUUAUGAAGAUUUUUUUCUUUCGACAAACUGGAAGGUAACUUUAUUCUUUUUAGUCUAUUGGCACUGAAAAGCUUAUUAUUAAUAUUUUUAGAGAACCGUAGCACAAUGCUAAAAAUGUUUCUGAAGAAAUGAGCUCGAAAAAUUAAUUGCAUGGAGGUUUGGCCUCGGGUCUGAGGUCUUAAGCACUGGGUCCAUAACGUGCAAUUAUUUUCAUUUUCUUAAGUUUGGUCACAUUUGUUGACAAAAUAACGGAAGGACUCUUGAAAUACCAGACCACCUUGUUUUCACGUAGACAAUUUGACGUACCUCAGGGGAAAAGACGUAGCUAUGGACAAAGAUGGCGUUCUGCACCGUACUCAAGCUGUAGUAUUGUUUUGUUUUACUCGUGUACUGUGGAAUGCGAACAGACUUUACAAAAACCAAAACAUUCCUUGUCAUAGACGGUUCUUUGCAUUGUGCAGCCGCUGUGUUGUGGGGAUCAGAAGUGCCAUUGUCUGAGCCCCUCGUAUUGGCGACAUGGGAUGAAACGCUGUAUGAAAAACUGUGCUAUUUAUGGUAGAUGCGUUUGUAUUUAUGAAAAUUAAAACAUAACAACAACAUAAA